AUGGCUAGAGUACUUAUUGACUGUCACUGUCACCUGUUAGCAAACGAGUUUACACAGGACAUAGAUGAUGUACUUCUGAGAGCUAAAAGGGCUGGAGUGAAAGCUCUUGUGGCAGUUACAGAGGGAGCCAGUCAAAAACGUAAGUUAAACACAACCUCUCAUGUCUAUCCUGGUUUUGUGUUCCCUUGUUUUGGCAUUCAUCCCCUUCAAGGAUCAGGGCAAGACUUGCAUAGUGUUAAGAUUCAGGACCUGGAGCCAUAACUUCCUUUGUUCCCGAAAUACAGAGAUGAUAUUGUUGCAGUCGGGGUGACUGGUCUUGACUUUACUCCCUGGUUUGCAAAUACCACUCAAGAGCGUGACAAACAGAUAAAAGUCUUUAUUAAAAAACUUGAAAUAUCUAAAGAUCUGAAUUUGCCAUUGAAUGUACAUUCCCGGUCAGCAGCCAAGGUUGCCAUAGCCACAAUGAAAGAACUAGGGAUUAGACAAGCAUUAUUGCAUAAUUUUGCCAGCAAGCCAUCGGUUGCUAUGGAAGGGGUUCAGGCUGGAUUCUUCUUCUCCUUUCUGCCUGCCAUCAGCAAAAACGAGCAGAGAGCAAGCAAAAUUAAUCAGAUUCCACUAGAACACAUUUGCCUCGAGACAGAUUCUCCAGCCUUGGGAACGGACAAACAUGUUAGAAGUGAGCCGGGAAACAUAAUGAUCUGCUGUGAACACAUUGCAAAAGUUAAGGGAAUAUCUCCAGAAGUUAUGGAAGUCACAACACAAAAUGCCCUUCGAUUGUUUUCUAAGUUAAAAACCUAG